AUGGUAUCAAAACUGGAUGAGAUAAGUUCAAGUAUAUCUGAAGUUAAAAGACAAAAUAAAAAUUUAGAGCACGGCCAAGAAAUACAUAUAAAUUUGAGUAAGAAUAUAGAAAAUAAAACUGAUAUAUUAACACAAGAACAGCUUAGAAGCCAAAAUAAAUAUUUAACAACCAUUUCAGAAAUAAGAAAAGGUAUUUCGGAUUUGGGAGAAGAUAAAACAUUAAUACGAUUAUCAAGCAGUAUACCGAACGAAAGCAUAAAACAUUUUAUACAAAAAGAAACAUUAUUCAAGGAUAUAGAAGAAAUAUUUUCAAAAUCAAAUAAAUAUGUUAUUAUCAGCGGUUAUGCUGGCUCGGGUAAGACAACACUUGCAUCAAAAUACAGCCAUGAACAAAGAGAUGAGAAUAAUAAAACAGUUCGUUGGUUUAAUGCUGAAUCAAAAGAUUUAGUUUGGAACGAUUACAAAAAUAUGCAACAAAAGAGCUUAAAAUAG